UGACCUUUAAAACGUUCAGCUUCAGAGUGACAGACAGAGACGAGACUUCAUCAGGAUGAGACUCGCUUCAGUCUUGCUGUGUGUCCUCUUCUCCUUUGUGAGCGCAAAGAGCACUUUGGAUGGGUCUUCAUCUCAUCAUGUGCAGCGUCGGGACACAAAGCCCAAGAGUAAAUACGCGGGCGUUAUAGGAACGAAGCUGCAGGCGUUUCCAACAUGGUUCGUCAGCGCGGGCGACAGAGUGCAGAUUAACUGCACAGCGCACACCGACAAGAAGAAGUACGGAGACAAAGUCUACCUGCAUCUCACCUGGACCAACAUGAGGCCCGGAAACAGGACCAAGAAGAUUGUGGCGAGCCAGCCAGCGUCGACAGGAAUCGCCUAUGAGCUGAACCCCGUUACCCAUGAGCACCAGGGAGUUUACACCUGUGACGAUAAUGGCAGCUUACCUGAAGUUUACGUCCUCGACUGGCACAGUAUGCUCUGGGUUGAAGACGCUCCUCCGAAGGCCUCCAUGGAAGUGAUGAGCCACAACAGGAGCCAGUUCUUCUCCGAUGAGGCGUUCACUUUGGGCUGCCAGCUGCCCAACGACAACGCCCAGUGGAAGAUGAUGAGGUUUGACGAGUGGAAGGGGACCGUUACAGAGUGUCCCGGUCAAGUGUCUUCAGAUCAACAACUCUCCAGCACCAUCACUCCUGUUCAUUUAGAUUCAUACAGCCUGUACUGGUGUGAGAACCCAGCAGGAGACAGGAGCAACAGCCUCAACGUCUCCAUUGCUUCUGUGACGACGGUGGUCCUUGAGAGUCCUCCACUUCCUGUGAUGGAGGGCGAGGACGUGAUGCUGCGCUGUUUCCAAAGGGAUAAGAAAACCAAGGAAAUCAGCUUCAGCUUCCACACCUCCUACGACAAGAACAACCGUUUGAUCGAUAACAGCUUUGGUCGCGGACCGUUUGAACAAGAGGGCAACUUCACCCUGAAAGCAGUGACCAAAGCUGACGAGGGGGUCUACAAAUGUGAAAUGCCGGAGGGUGGAGAUUCCCACGACAGCUGGCUCAGUGUUAAAGCGCGGCCUGUCGAGGAGUAGAAGAAGAAGAGUCGAUGAUGUCAUCAAGGUCGCUAAAGCUGCUCCCAGGUCCAGUUUCCUGCUCUCUGAUUGGUCAGAUUUUUGUGCAAAAUGUAAUAUUUUUCUUUCUUUUUUGUCUCAAUUGAUAACACUUUACUUCAGUAUUUACUAUUUGAAUGUGAAUAUUGUCUUUUUUAUUUUUGUUAAUAACAAUGUUUUUACAGUUGUACUUUUUUUAAUUACAACAUUUUGACUAAAGGAUACUUGUGGUUUCUAGAAGAAAUCCUUCACAAAUUAUACUUUGCCAAUCAAUAGGUGUAUUAUUUGUUUAGGGUUUAAAGUUGGAUUAGUUAAAGAAAUGCAGUCUUUUUUUCUAAAAAUAUAUCAAUAAAGACACUGAACAUA